AUGGAUCUUAGCGUGGGCACGGUCACAUUUCACCCGAAUAACAAACCUCCAUCUCGGACCGCAAAUCUAGAUUUAAUCCCAACUCUGACCACAAAUCUAGAUUUGGCCCCAACUCGGACCGCAAAUCUAGAUUUGGUCCCAACUCUGACCGCAAAUCUAGAUCUGGCCCCAACUCUGACCGCGACUCUGGCCCCAACUCUGACCCCAAAAUGGGAUCCCAAGACUGAUGCGGACAAGAAAUUGUCGGAUACCAUUUCAAAGCUAUCAGGAAGCACCGCAGAUUGUUUCAUUACUUAUGAAGAACCGUCUGGAGAAGUGAAGACCAAGUUUGUCCUAAACUCCCCGGGAAUCAAUGAUCUCCAGGCGUACGUUCUUAUGGGGAUGCAAUUCCCAAGCGACAAUGAUACAUUUGAGACGAAGAUGCCCGAAUCUUACUUUGAUAUAGUCUCAGAAAUCGAUGGUACAAUUUGGAGGCGAACACGAGAUUUGUUCGUCAAAAUUUCAAAAUCUUGUCAAACUUUCCAUGAUGAGCGGUUACCCAAGAUCCUAAAUGCGGCUUCUACCACUAGGGAAUAUGCGAAGUCUGCCAUCCGUGAUCUUUCUCAAGCUAAAGUCAUCAACCUUCGAGAGAAUCUCCUCAUAAUAUUGGAUGAAAAGUACAGGACGACACCGCCAGAUCUGGAUUACAAAGACGCCGAAGCCACAAUCAAUCAAACUCUGAAGAAGCUUGGGCGGAGUGCUGAAUCUUCGAAAGCCGAUAUCGCAGACAUCAAAACUGGUCUCGAUGCGUUCAAAACGAAUACUGGCCGCUUGAAAGAAGGGGUCUUAGAUCUUGCUGCAUCAUAUGAUAAAAAGCAUACACUAUCCGAUGGCUCGCAAGUGAAUAUCAGCGAGAUGGCUGACUCUAAACACGCCGAUGCGGUCAAGGAUCUGAUCAAAGCUCAGGAGGCUGAGAACGAGCAGUCGAAAGAUAUGGUUUUUUGGAAGUUCAUAUCAUACGCGUUUGCCAAAUCUGAUUCCGAAGCGAAGAAGAUAAUCAGUGGCGGUGCAUAUCUUAUCAGCGAUUAUGAACUCAACCACUCCGUAAAAGAAGCCCGAGCGCAAGUCAGCGGCCUUGAUGCAAAAGAGAAGGCAGUGGCCGAGCUAGUAUUUUAUGUGGAGGCACUUGAGACCCAAUUCAAGACCAUCGAGAAGUCCAUGGACAAAGCCAUUAGCGCUAUGGCACAUCUUUACAAUCUUUUUGAUCGCCAAUCGGGCUAUUUUAACGGUUUAGUUGAUAAUUUCAGUUACAUCCAGAGCAAUUUGGACGAACCAAGCUACAAGGCUCGCGCCGGUGGGAUUAUUGACGGCGUAGAUCAAACUAUUUCCGGUCUUGGCGAGCUCAAACGGUCUGCGGAAGAAUUUUAUAAAACUCACACGGAGGAGGCGGCUGAGUAUGAGAAGUUUAAGAUUUGGGAAUGA